AUCCCAGUUGCAUCAAAACGAACCGGGGCCAGCGCAAGGAUCUCCGAGUUGCGAGUGUGCUGAGGCUGGGACUGUCACUCAUUCUCCGAUCAGCGCGUGAACGCAGCUCGGCUGCCGCUGGCAGGAAACAAUUCUGCAAAAAUAAUCAUACUCAGCCUGGCAAUUGUCUGCCCCUAAGUCUGUCGCUCUGCCGCCGUCCACACUCGCUGCAAGGGAGGGGGCACAGAAUUUACCUCGGCAAGAACAUCCCUCACAGCCAGCAGAUUACAAUGCUGCAAACUAAGAAUCUCAUCUGGACUUUGUUUUUCCUGGGAACGGCAGCUUCUCUGCAGGUGGAUAUUGUUCCCAGCCAGGGGGAGAUCAGCGUUGGAGAGUCCAAAUUCUUCUUAUGCCAAGUGGCAGGAGAUGCCAAAGAUAAAGACAUCUCCUGGUUCUCCCCCAAUGGAGAAAAGCUCACCCCAAACCAGCAGCGGAUCUCAGUGGUGUGGAAUGAUGAUUCCUCCUCCACCCUCACCAUCUAUAAUGCCAACAUCGACGACGCCGGCAUUUACAAGUGUGUGGUUACGGGCGAGGAUGGCAGUGAGUCAGAGGCCACUGUCAACGUGAAGAUAUUUCAGAAACUCAUGUUCAAGAAUGCGCCAACCCCACAGGAGUUCCGGGAGGGGGAAGAUGCCGUGAUUGUGUGUGAUGUGGUCAGCUCCCUCCCGCCAACCAUCAUCUGGAAACACAAAGGCCGAGAUGUCAUCCUGAAAAAAGAUGUCCGAUUCAUAGUCCUGUCCAACAACUACCUGCAGAUCCGGGGCAUCAAGAAAACAGAUGAGGGCACUUAUCGCUGUGAGGGCAGAAUCCUGGCCCGGGGGGAGAUCAACUUCAAGGACAUUCAGGUCGUUGUGAAUGUGCCACCCACCAUCCAGGCCAGGCAGAACAUUGUGAAUGCCACCGCCAACCUCGGCCAGUCCGUCACCCUGGUGUGUGAUGCCGAAGGCUUCCCGGAACCCACCAUGAGCUGGACAAAGGAUGGGGAACAGAUAGAGCAAGAGGAAGAUGACGAGAAGUACAUUUUCAGCGACGAUAGUUCCCAGCUGACCAUCAAAAAGGUGGAUAAGAACGAUGAGGCUGAGUACAUCUGCAUUGCUGAGAACAAGGCUGGCGAGCAGGAUGCGACCAUCCACCUCAAAGUCUUCGCAAAACCCAAAAUCACAUAUGUAGAGAACCAGACUGCCAUGGAAUUGGAGGAGCAGGUCACUCUUACCUGUGAAGCCUCUGGAGACCCCAUUCCCUCCAUCACCUGGAGGACUUCUACCCGGAACAUCAGCAGCGAAGAAAAGGCUUCGUGGACUCGACCAGAGAAGCAAGAGACUCUGGAUGGGCACAUGGUGGUGCGCAGCCAUGCCCGUGUGUCGUCGCUGACCCUGAAGAGCAUCCAGUACACUGACGCCGGAGAGUACAUCUGCACCGCCAGCAACACCAUCGGCCAGGACUCCCAGUCCAUGUACCUUGAAGUGCAAUAUGCCCCGAAGCUACAGGGCCCUGUGGCUGUGUACACUUGGGAGGGGAACCAGGUGAACAUCACCUGCGAGGUAUUUGCCUAUCCCAGUGCCACGAUCUCAUGGUUUCGGGAUGGCCAGCUGCUGCCAAGCUCCAACUACAGCAAUAUCAAGAUCUACAACACCCCCUCUGCCAGCUAUCUGGAGGUGACCCCAGACUCUGAAAAUGAUUUUGGAAACUACAACUGUACUGCAGUGAACCGCAUUGGGCAGGAGUCCUUGGAAUUCAUCCUUGUUCAAGCAGACACUCCCUCUUCACCAUCCAUCGACCAGGUGGAGCCGUACUCCAGCACAGCCCAGGUGCAGUUUGAUGAACCAGAGGCCACAGGUGGGGUGCCCAUCCUCAAAUACAAAGCUGAGUGGAGAGCAGUGGGUGAAGAAGUAUGGCAUUCCAAGUGGUAUGAUGCCAAGGAAGCCAGCAUGGAGGGCAUCGUCACCAUUGUGGGCCUGAAGCCCGAAACAACGUACGCUGUAAGGCUGGCAGCGCUCAAUGGCAAAGGGCUGGGUGAGAUCAGCGCGGCCUCCGAGUUCAAGACCCAGCCAGUCCGGGAACCCAGUGCACCUAAGCUCGAAGGGCAGAUGGGAGAGGAUGGAAACUCUAUUAAAGUGAACCUGAUCAAGCAGGAUGACGGCGGCUCCCCCAUCAGACACUAUCUGGUCAGGUACCGAGCGCUCUCCUCCGAGUGGAAACCAGAGAUCAGGCUCCCGUCCGGCAGUGACCACGUCAUGCUGAAGUCCCUGGACUGGAAUGCUGAGUAUGAGGUCUACGUGGUGGCUGAGAACCAGCAAGGAAAAUCCAAGGCAGCUCAUUUUGUGUUCAGGACCUCGGCGCAGCCCACAGCCAUCCCAGCCAACGGCAGCCCCACCUCAGGCCUGAGCACCGGGGCCAUCGUGGGCAUCCUCAUCGUCAUCUUCGUCCUGCUCCUGGUGGUCGUGGACAUCACCUGCUACUUCCUGAACAAAUGUGGCCUGUUCAUGUGCAUUGCGGUCAACCUGUGUGGAAAAGCCGGGCCCGGGGCCAAGGGCAAGGACAUGGAGGAGGGCAAGGCCGCCUUCUCGAAAGACGAGUCCAAGGAGCCCAUCGUGGAGGUCCGAACGGAGGAGGAGCGGACCCCAAACCAUGACGGAGGGAAACACACAGAGCCCAACGAGACCACGCCACUGACGGAGCCCGAGAAGGGCCCUGUAGAAGCAAAGCCAGAGUGCCAGGAGACAGAAACGAAGCCAGCGCCAGCCGAAGUCAAGACGGUCCCCAAUGACGCCACACAGACAAAGGAGAACGAGAGCAAAGCAUGAUGGGUGACGAGAACCGAGCAAAGAUCAAAAUAAAAAGUGACACAGCAGCUUCACCAGAGCAUUUCCAACACCACAGACACACACAAACGCACACACACACACACACACACACACAUCUCAUUUCUCUAGUGUCUUUUGCCUUUAAAAAAAAACUAAACAGAUAAAACAUGGGAAUCUUAUAGAAAGGGUCCCUUUGUUAGCACUCACUUGUAAGAAAAUGAGACAAAAAGGUUAAACCCACAGCCAAACUAGGACACUCCGUUCCCUGAAACCAUUUAAAAAUCAGACAAAAGGACCCCAAAUUAAGAAUCUAGGAAGCUCAGAAACAAAAUCUAGGUUCAGGAAGACCACACUUGGUGUUACCCGAUUGGCACAGACCAGUUUCAGAGAAAUAACUUUCAGGCACUAAGACUAAUCGAAUGAACAAAGUCCACAGUUUAUUUUUAUACUUUCAGUCAAGUUUGAACUCUGUAAAACCUCAUAAAUAAGUUAUAAUUUCUGUUCACUUUGUAUUUGUUCAGUAUGCAAAGUGUGUCACCCUUUCUAGCUGAAUUCAAUUCCCACGUAGACUCUUAUUUUGUAGGAAGAAUGCCAAAUUGCAGCUUCUGGGGGUAGAUCUCAAUUUGCAGUAUUCAGACUUAUUUUUCUUUCUUUUACAUUCUUUUCUUUUCUUUCUGCCAACUUUGUUUUCCAGUGUUUACAAGGUGACAAAUGUUCGACUUUGGUUGUGUUUAAAUGUCCAUGUGAAAUAGCUGCCUUUUAUUUUUUAAGGUAACAAAUACCACCUAGAGGUAGGUAGGAUCAUCCCACGCUUGCUUUAGCACAGGACGACUUUACAAAACAUGAUUGUUUACAGCUGCUCUUCCCCUCUUUUCUGAUCUGCAGUUUUUGCCUGGGUCCCACUCAGGUGAAAAUCCAUCUCAUUCUGGAAAGGUUUUGCUUUUUUAAUUUUUGGUUAUUUUUGUGUUUCUUUGGGGGUUAGACCACUUUCUGAUUAGCCGCCACCUGCCUGCAUCUGUGAAAAGGGAUCUGCUCCCAGGCGUUCUCACCCUUCUUUUGAAGGACUCCUUAGGCUUUGUUGAAUGAAGCAGAGAAGAUUGUAUAGUUGGGGCUGGUCUUGGUGAACACACAUUAUUACCCCACACAUCCCCUUUGUGUAGAAAGCCAAAUAAAAUAUAUACAUACCAUUUCCUUUUGAGCCCAGAAUCUAGAUUUGAGCGGAAGAGCAUGUGUGCUUCAGGGAAUUAGUGUCUUUUUUUGGAAAUCUGUUGAAGUAAAGUAACAUCGGCCUUCUGUUCACUUAGGCAGCAUUUAUAGAAACAAAAGAAAAAAGAGACAAGCUACUGUCUGGAGUCAUAACACAACUUUCCUGGAUUGGAAACCAAGUGGGGGAAAAAAUACAGAAACUUUAAGGGGGAUGGGAGGGCGGGGAGAAGGGAAAAGCCAGCCCUUUGUAUAGAAAUUUUGCUUUUUUUUUUUUUUUUCCUCAUUCUACUUUAGAACUGCAAGCUUGUGCACUGUGGAUGCGUGAAUAUUUUAGUGUGAAACGUGUUUUUGUCAUAGUAUUGAAAUAAAACUUCAACAUAGUUUGGUUGUGGAAGGUAUAGCAGAUAGUUCAGAAAAAAUAUUCAGGAAACAAAAAUCACUCUUAAAAGGAAUCGAAGCCUUUAAACAAAGAAAAUGAAAUACAAAUGAUGAUGGUGAUGAAGAUGACGCUAAGUAAACAGAAAUCAGUACUCCGCAUGCGCUCCUCUCCUAAGGUACAAAGCAGCAAGAGGUUAGGGUGGCAAGGCUGCCUCUGGGUCGAUUCUGUGGGCCAGUCUCCCCAGUGUUCUGACACUUCUGCAGUCUGAUCAGUGGCGAUGCUAGAUUAUACUUUCAAACUGUGAAGAAUAAUGGUCUUGUCAUUUGCUCAAUGUGGGGUUAUGUUGCAUUUUCUCAGCUCCUGGGGAUGGAAAUGGAGGAGCCCAGAACACACAGCCCUGGCCCCUUUGAUUCUAGGGCCAGCACAGAUCUCUGGUUCAAAUGCACAGGCCCUCAGGAUAGAGGAACAUGAAGAGAGAUCUUGGAACACACAGUAGCAUGUGAGAGCCUGGGUGUCUGAGACCGGGAGGGCCCAGCAGUGAGGGGCAGGCUCUUCCAGUCACCAGGCUCUUCAGCGGACUCAGUUCCUCAUCUUGUAGUGACCACGGCUUUGCCACACCAGGCCAAGCCCAUGCCAUUCCUUGUCAAGACUGUCAAAGUGGUUAUGGUUAGGUCAACUGAUUUUGGUUCUGAUGGUUAGGAAGAAACAGGUCAGCUCUCAGAUCACCUGGCCCAGGGCAGCUGACCCCCUAGAACCCUGGCUCUGCCAUUAGCUGGGACCUAAGACUCUGCCCACAUUUUGGUCUGUUCUCUCCCAUUACAUGUAGGUUUGUCUUAGCAUGCAAGAGUUUUCCUUUUUUUAAAAAAAAAGUAAAUAAGCAAUGCUUUCUCUAAAAUCAAAGAGGGAGUCAUUUUAUUCCAAGAUGUUUUAUCUUUUAUGUUAAGAGAUCAAAGCUUAUAAUUUUCUUUUUUUUUUUUAAUUUUUGAAGGAGGGAUCAAUUCCACCAGUUUCCAAUGUCUAUGUGUCUAUGUGUGUAUGUGCCAUACAUAUGUAUUCACAUGAAGACCGGCAUGGCCAACUUCUGCUGGAGGAGCACUCAAGUGUGAUGAGCAGGGCCGCUGGACCCUGCAGGGCUGUGGUGUACAUAGUGCAGCUUUGGAGGUGGAAUUCUAUUUUCACACUUUUCUAUGGAGCCUUCCGAGUCCCAGGUUUUCACUCGAGGCGUCUGUCUGGAUGGCGGUUUUCAGACCUCCAUUAACAUCCCUACCCAGCAUUCUGUACUUCGGGGGCCUUCUCUCUUGUUAUAAAACUUUUUACCAAGUGAAACAUCGAUACCACCUUUGUUUCCAUUCUCACUGGUGUAAAUACUGAGUACUAACUGAGAAUUUUGACUUUGCAUUCUGUCAGAAUACUUGUGUUCAAUAAAAAUUGAAAGAAAAAA